AUGGCGCUCAUGACUGAGAAGCAACAUCGGGAAACACCAUUUUUGGUUUCGUCCUUGGUCUUCGUAGAAGGGCACACACAGGCAAGGGCUAUAUGGACUGGCCCUCAUUUGUCCACGCCCCGCAUCCUUGGAUUCUAUUCCACUUCAAGACUAAAAUCUUGCACGGCGAUUCCGGUCAAUGGUCAGAAAAGACAAAAACCUUCCAACUCUCGCAAAAAAAUCUUGAUGUCACCGUGUUGCUACUAUGAAGUCUACCUGGAUCACCUGCAGAUGGCAUUUUCUCCUCCGGCUUGCCGGGGCUCCAAGCCUGGUAAUAGGCGCACUGCUCGUUCUGACUCGGUACAUCUCGUUCCGACAUUCCAGUUUUCUGACCGGGGAUAUAGACCAAAUGCUGCCUCAUUAUGGGCAUGUACACACAAGCCUGGAACCCUCGUCCCGGCGAACCCCUUCACUGUAUUCACCACUCUGCGCGCCCAUCCAUUCAUCCUCCGGCGCCGGAAUACGAAGGCUCCACGUGCGAAGGCAGGGCCUCAGACGGCUCGCUUCGAGUGGUCCCAAUCUAUUUGGAGGAGCCUGGGCAAGGGACAGAGUAUGGGGAGGACCCGCUGCAGUGAUCACCAUCCAAAAAGUCCGAGAGAGAUCCGACGUCAACACUCUUCCCUUCCAAUCGUAAACCGAUUCAAGACGUCAACACUUGGGUUUGGUUUGUCAGGAAAGGGAUACGACAAGGCCCCACUGCACCCCGCAAACAUGGGGAAGCGUCAAGAAGUCUUGAUUGAACGUCGUGGGCCCGGUGUGGGACAUAUGCUCUCUGCCACUGAGAAAAGGCCAAUGGCUGUUGCACAUUGCGCGCCGUUUUCAUCACUGCAGCUGGUGGUCCCGCAGAAUGUUCGACGAAGCGCUCCCCACACUGCAGGCGGAUACCCUUGUUCAAGAUCCUGGAAUCCUGACCCGAACGGCCCAAAGGAAAAGACUGGCCUAUGUUGUAGUUCGGUGAAAGUACAGCUAUUCCUGAUCAUGCCAAAUUUUCCACCAAUUGUGGAUGCCAUCUUUAUAAAGAGUAUGCAUCGCAUAGCGCUGCCUCGUGGUAUGGCGUCAGGGGUCAUGACUACAGACUGCUGCUGGGUCGUCAACCACCACAGCUCCAACUCGCAGGUCACUCCAAAGCUGCUCGCCUCAUCAGACAAGCACAUGCUCAAAGCCCUAGUCUCACACAGGUACUGGACGGCGGCACAAGAGCAAUUACACGGAUUGACGCUCGUCGAAUACGCCAGGGUAGGGUCCUGGAAUCUCCAGCCAGUGGCAAGAAUGAAUGCCUGA